UCUGAAUUGUUGUAGCCGCCUUCUUCUCCCUGUCACCAAUAACCAUCAUUGUUCCUCCUUGUUCUGCCUGACUAAUGCGGAGUCUCGCUUUUACAACAGCCAAAGCAGCCUCCGCAACUGCCACGGGGGCGUCAGCAGUAGCAGUGAUGGCUGCCGCCAAUAUGUAGGAAGAUUGCCAUGAAGCCAAUUGAGUCACCGGGAUUUGCUGAAUGAUCUCACCAGAAUCCGUUGAAGGUUUAGCAGGAUAAUUCCUACUUAUCUCCUCAUUUUCCCUACAGUUUGAAGCAAAAAUCCGGGCUUUCUCCUUUUUCCUGUCCUUUUUCAUCCCAAAGAAGCACAUAGUCAUCUUCCCAAACCAUCUUGCAGCUUUACCCAUUUCCGUUUUCACCUAGCAAGACAAUGUAUGAAUAUAUUUUUAUCCUUUCUUAAAGCCAAUGUAUAAAUUUUUGAAUGCUGGAUGGACGUAUCUCAAACUUUUCUCUCCAUUUAUAGAGGGUGCCUUCGAUUUUACCACAUAAAUCGCCGCCAACAUCAGUGCAGAAAAUUUGUGUGUAAAAGAUGGUAUCUUUCUAAGGAAAUAGGGGAGGAAAUGAAUUUGGAGGGACAGCAUGGAAUCGGAGUUCAAAUGACGCCACGGAAAGUUUAUCACGACACAUCAUUCAACUUCUCAAAAGAUUGAAUUUUCCAUAGUUAGGGAGGACGAUUGAGGUAUCAAUUUGGGUUGCAUUCCUUGAAAUAAGGGACUGAUGAAAAAAGGGUAAAGUAUUUUUCUCCAUUUGAGGACAUUGCAAAAUGAAGAAAGAAACAUUCAAAUCAACCUCUAAAUUCGACGAAGACACACAUAAAUUCUGCUGUCUGUAUCGGGCAUUUUUCGGAGUCAGGCCAGAAAACCCUCAAGCAAAUUCCUUUGGUAUAUAAGUCCCCCCCCCCGGCGGAGCUGCGUUAUUGAAAGGCUGAUACUGCUUGGAUCAUAUUUAUUUUCCUAGCAAAUCCUCAGACAUGGCUGGAAGGAAACGGAGGAAGUUGAAUAAGUGAGUUUAAUCUAUCCAAUCUGUUAUGAAAAUGGCUCAGUUUGAUUGUUUGACCUAAUUGGGAAUCUAAUUUUGAUGGGUAAAGGGUUCAAUAACCAUUUAGCCUUGCAAAGUUCGAAUCUUGUCGAAUGUAUUUGCCUUUAAUUGUGUCUUUGUGGAUUUCCGUUGAUGGGUUUUAGAGUUAAGCCUAUGAGGAGACUAAUUGAGUGAUUGGCUUAUGAAUUUUGUGGAUUUCAAUUAAAAUCUUGUUCUGCAUCUGAUCAUUUGCUUGACUCUGCCUUCCUUUUUUUUUUUUUUUGCUUAAUUUGAUCUAAUUUGGUUUCAAAAGUUUGGAUUUUGAUGUAUCUGCCCCUUAAUAGAAUUAGAAAUAAAAAUGUGUUCGCUGUGGGUCAAUGACUAAUUUAUCUUAAUUAAACAAAACCCUGUUAUGCUGGGUUUUACAAGAUUCAAGUUUAAUGAAAAACCUGUCUGAGAUUAGAAUGGGACUAAUUGGAGACUUUUCUACAACUUGUAAGUUGUAAGCAUAUUUUGGUUCACUUUCUUGAUGUCGGAAAGAGAAAGAAAGCCCUUGCUCAGGUCUGCUUUGCUCAAACAGCAGAAAAACUUAAUGCUAAUGGGGUCUUUUUCCUGGUUACUCAGGAACGUGUUCAAACCAUUAUAUAUUUUACUGACAAACUCAAUUUGUGCUGUUAUCUCUUUGUCAUUUUACCACAGAUUUCUCUUUGAAUACAUGUGGUCUGAACUUUACUGAUUGUUGCAUUUUUAGAUUAGUAGCUGCAACAACAAACAAAAAAGAAACGUUAACUUAUAAAGAAAAGGAGACAUGUGAACAGCAUGGUUGGAUUGAGCUUCCAAGAGAUGUAUUGGAAUUGAUUAUUUCUCGUUUAACAUUGGAAGACAACAUCCGUGCUUCUGUUGUUUGUAAAGAGUGGUUCUCUGUCGCCGUCAAUGUCCGAGUUGUGAGCAAACCUCCUUGGUUGAUGUUCAUUCCAAAAUCAGGAAAUGAGGUCGAGUUCUAUGAUCCUCUGCAGCGUGUAUUUUAUGCACUUGAGUUGCCAGAAUUAAGUCACUCGAGAAUUUGCUAUUCAAAGGAUGGUUGGUUGCUUGUUUACAAGCCUGAAACUCAUCAGCUGAUCUUUGUUAACCCGUAUACAAGGAAGUUGAUCGAGUUGCCAAAGUUGGAAUUGCAAUACCAGAUAGUUGCCUUCUCUGCUGCUCCAACAUCUUCUUCUUGUAUCGUCUUCACUAUCAGGCCCAUCACUGCCACAAUCAUUGUAAUCAGCACAUGCCAGCCUGGGGCAGCUGAAUGGACUAGGAUCAAUUUCCGAAAUCGGUUGCCAUUUGUUUGCCGAAUGUGGAAUAAGCUGGUCUUUUGUGGUGGAAAGUUUUAUUGUCUGAGCCUUACUGGUUGGCUGGGGGUUUAUGAUCCAGCAAAACGUACGUGGGUCGUUCAUGUAUUGCCUCCUCCCAAAUGCCCUCAGAACUUUUCUCUGAAAAAUUGGUGGAAGAACAAAUUUAUGGCUGAGCACAACGGAGAAAUCUUUGUUGUGUAUACUUCUUCCGAGGUUAACCCAGUGAUAUAUAGAUUAGACCAAGGAAUUCAAGGAUGGGUACAGAUGAAAACCUUAGGAGGUUUAUCUAUUUUUGCAAGCUUCUUGGCAUCACAUGCUAGGACAGAUCUUCUCGGGACCAUGAGAAAUAGAGUAUACUUUACUAAAGUUCGUUAUUAUGGAAGGCGUUGCAUAUCAUACUCCCUUGAUAAUAGAAGAUACUACCCCAAAAAGCAGUGUUAUGAUUGGGGGAAAGACAAUCCCUUUGGAAGCAUUUGGAUUGACCCGCCUGAAGACCUUUCAUGCUUUGGUUAGAACGCUCAACACCCAAUGGAGUAGGUAAUAAUUGCUUCUUGAAAUCUCGAUGUAGACCUAUGUUCUAUGAAUGCCUGUUUAACUAUACCUAUGUGCACUGUUAACUAAACCUAAAAUCUUGAUUUCCAGAUUAUUUGUUAGUCAGGGAACUAUUCUUUUCCUUCUUAUUUUACAGAGGUUAAAUAUCUAUUUCAAUAUGGGGAUAUGAGUACCAAAAUACCUACUGAUUGUCUGUCUAUCUUUAGUUCCAAGUCUGUGUUGCUGUGUUUGUGCACAAAAUUACACUUGUGAUGGGAAUUUCUAAUCAUUUACUCUUUCUAUUGUUUUGUUCAUCAAGCUGCCAUGCAAAACUUCAACAUAUUUACAAAAUCAUAAUCUCAAAAGAGUGUUUUUGGGGCUUAUAUUUGCUUUUGAAGCUAGAAAAUAUCAACUAAGUGGACUCUUUCUGGCUGUCUUAUCUUCAUCAGGAGAUUUCUUCGUGGCUUCUUCAUCAGGAGAUUUCGUCUGAAACUGUAACUUUGUUUGAAACGGUUGAAUCCAAGUGUAGAGGUGCACCUCCUUUUCUUUCUCCUUUUGUUUCUUUCAUACGUUAGGUCAGUGACAUGAGUUGUAUUCUUGGUUCAAUUGUAAGGUGCAGAGGCCCUAGUGGUGCCUGUCCCAGUAUUGUUAAAUGCGUUGUUAGUUUUGUUUAAUGAUGAAAUACAAACUUAAGUAGCUUGAAGGUAAUACUAUUUAUGAUCAUGUCAUAUGGUUGCGUGGAUCCCUGGCCCUGAAUCAUUCGUCUAUUUCCGGAAGGUGUUGUUAUUUCUCAGGCAUGGUUUCGAACUUUUGUGUUUUGAAGUGAUUGCCCUGGGUGAGAUGUUCAGCAGUGCAAACUGAAGUUGCCGGAGAUGAGAAUGGGUUCGUGGUGACUAGUUUCAUGCUUGGUCCAUGUUUUCAACCCUUUGAAUGUUGUCAAUGUUGCUUCAUUUCCUAAUGUACUGUCCUCAGACUGUAGAUCAGAUUCACAGCUAAACCAGCUAUUUGGUAUCAUUUUGAACUAUUUUAAUUAGACAGAAAGAAUAUUCAUUAUCUGGAAGUAAUGCUCAUGACGAAAAGGUUGUGAUUCGUCACCGUGAUUUGGUAUGGCGGUAAAUUGAAUGAUUGUUACUCAUUUUGCUGGAUGGUUACUCAUUUUUGACUUGGGGAAAUUGAAUGAUUCUCAGAUUUUGAAAUCUCCAGUUACAAAUUUUGAUGAUGUUUUUGGUUCAUCAUGUGUGUGAACUGAACUUAAGCCCUUUCUUUAUUUGAUUAAUCUCGUCGAGGAAUCUCCGUGUGUUUGGAAAUCGAGAUCGAGGAGUCAGAGAACCCAGAACCCAUUAUAUUCGCAAAGCCUAUUUGAGGACUUAGGCCCAUAUCCGUUUAAAUUUUGUUCAACACUAAUUAUAGGCCACCA